CGCCCCCCGCCCCGCCCCCCCGGUGCCCCCGCCCCGCGCCCCGCUCGCGGCCCGGGCCGCACAGUCGCGGCCGCUCGCGCCGGGGAGGACAUGAGCCGGGGCUCGGGGGCGCACCCUCCCGCCGCGCUCGGCCGCGCCCAGCGUCAGCAGGCGCUCUGAGCGGCCACUCCCGGGCCUCAGUGCCAGCCCGCAGCCCGAGCCCGCCGCUCUCCCACGGGCGCAGCCCCUCUGCCCGCGUCCCUCAUGGCCAAGCCCCUGCUGCUGCUCGUCUGCGGCGCUUUGGUUGUGGCCAGGGCCCGGUGGGGGGCCAGCGUGACCCCCGCCGGCACGGGCGGGACCCCGGACGCGCCGACGGUGGCGCCCACGGAGGACGCGACCCUGCAGAACGAGGCGGACAACCAGGAGAACGUUCUGUCGCAGCUGCUGGGAGACUAUGACAAGGUCAAGGCCGUGUCUGAGGGCUCGGACUGUCAGUGCAAGUGCGUGGUGAGACCGCUGGGCCGAGACGCCUGCCAGAGGGUCAACGAGGGGACCUCCAGGAAGGAAGACUUCUACACCGUGGAGACCAUCACGACGGGCUCAUCCUGCAAAUGUGCCUGUGUCGCACCCCCGUCGGCCCUCAACCCCUGUGAGGGAGACUUCCGGCUCCAGAAGCUGCGGGCGGCGGACAGCCGGGACUUGAAGCUCUCUACCAUUGUGGACAUGCUGGAAGGAGCUUUCUACGGCCUGGACCUGCUGAAGCUACACUCCGUCACUACCAAACUGAUUGGACGGGUGGACAAACUGGAAGAGGAAGUUUCCAAAAACCUCACCAAGGAAAAUGAGCAGAUCAAGGAAGACGUGGAAGAAAUCCGGACGGAGAUGAACAAGAGGGGGAAGAACUGCUCCACGAGCCUCCUGGGAAGCGUGCCCGACGUCCGCUCGGCCUUGCAGAGGGACGCGGCGGCCGCCUACACGCACCCCGAGUACGAGGAGCGCUUUCUGCAGGAGGAGACCGUGUCCCGGCAGAUCAACUCCAUCGAGCUGCUGCACGCGCGGCCCCUGGCCCCGCCCGAGGUGGGGAGGCCCCAGCAGCCCCUGCGCCGGCAGGUCCACGUGCGGGGCCGGCCCGCCUCCCGGCCCACCGUCAUCCGGGGCGUCACCUACUACAAGGCCAAGGUCCCCGAGGAGGAGAACGACAUCGAAGAGCAGCAAGAUGAGUUUUUCAGCGGUGAAAACGGAGUGGACCUGCUGAUUGAAGAUCAGCUUCUGAGACACACCGACCAGCCCACCAGCGCCACCCGGAGGCCGCUGGCCACCCACGGGGGCCCCACUGGGAUGAGCGACACGCAGACCUCAGCCCCGGCCUUGUCCUCAGACCCCGGCACCCCCGAGCCCACCCUGUCCCCCUCAGCGGGGCAGCUCCCACAACCACUCCAGACCUCCUCUGUGCCCCCCGGUGCCACGGCGGAGGCAGGUCUGGAACCUUCCACUCAGGUACCGGCCACCACCGUGGCCCACACAGCCACCCAGCAGCCCCCGACCUCCGCCUCCGUGCCAGGGGCCUCCGGGGACGCAUCCACCGAGGCGCCACACGCAGUCCUGGUGCCUCCCACCACGGUCCACACAGACUCGCCGGGGAGAGAUGCCAGCACGGGGCGGAACGGGGCCUCCGCCAGCCCCACGCUGAGCCCGGAAGAGGAGUAUGACAUCCGGAAUGUCAUAGGAAGGUGCAAGGACACCCUGUCCACCAUCACGGGGCCGACCACCCAGAACACAUACGGGCGGAACGAAGGGGCCUGGAUGAAGGACCCGCUGGCCAAAGACGAGCGGAUUUACGUCACCAACUAUUACUACGGCAACACCCUGGUGGAGUUCCGGAACCUGGAGAACUUCAAACAAGGUCGCUGGAGCAAUUCCUACAAGCUGCCCUACAGCUGGAUUGGCACGGGCCACGUGGUGUACGACGGCGCCUUCUACUACAACCGCGCCUUCACCCGCAACAUCAUCAAGUACGACCUGAAGCAGCGCUUCGUGGCCGCCUGGGCCAUGCUCCACGACGUGGCCUACGAGGAGGCCACGCCCUGGCGGUGGCAGGGCCACUCGGACGUGGACUUCGCCGUGGACGAGAACGGCCUGUGGCUCAUCUACCCGGCCCUGGAUGAGGAGGGCUUCAGCCAGGAGGUGAUCGUCCUGAGCAAGCUCAAUGCCGUGGACCUGAGCACGCAGAAGGAGACCACGUGGCGCACGGGGCUGCGGCGGAACCUGUACGGCAACUGCUUCGUCAUCUGCGGGGUGCUGUACGCCGUGGACAGCCACGACCAGCGCAACGCCAACAUCUCGUACGCCUUCGACACGCACACCAACACGCAGAUCGUGCCGCGGCUGCUGUUCGAGAACGAGUACUCGUACACCACCCAGAUCGACUACAACCCCAAGGACCGCCAGCUGUACGCCUGGGACAACGGCCACCAGGUCACCUACCACGUCAUCUUUGCCUACUGACGCCCGGCCCGCGUGCGGAGUGUGUGCGUGCGCGCGCGUGUGUGGAUGGCUGCGUGUGGUUUAAGAAAUCUAUAUUAUUUUGUAUGAUGUUGCGGGUGUAAAAGGACAGUUUGGGUCUAUUUUUUUGUUUUGUUUUGUUUAAAGUGGAUUGUAGAGCAAUCCACACGUGUAUGUGCUGGUCUCACCCUCCACCGUUUAGAUUUUCGCGCAAAUGAACUUCUCCUGACCAGGAACCACCUUCCUUCCAGCCCUCAGCCCCUCCGGCUCCGGGAUGGUAGCCAUCGGGGUCUUGCCGGCCGACGGCCCUCCCGGAGCAGGGGUGAAGGAGGCGAGAAAGAAGUGUUAAGGGGCGGGAAAAUUUUUAUGUAUUGGAGAAGUUUUAAAAACCCAGAAAAAUGCUUUUUUUUUAAAUAAAGAGGAAACGUA